AUGUCCUUAGUCUUGUCAUCAGCAUCUCAGUUCCAGUCCUCUGUUUUUGCAUUCAAUCUCACAGUCCCCCAACCCACCAUCACUUUGUCAACUCAGGUAGCGCCUCCUUUCCAAUUCUCUAUCCCUGCAUCGACUGCUGUCACUGUGUCUCUUGAAUCUCACCCUGUGACUUCUUUCCCGACUGAAUCACCACUUGAUUCUUCUCCUGAUGGCCUGUCAUCCCACAGAGGAAGCAGUCGUUCAAGGAGUCCUGAUAUAGACAGUCUCGUCGUGCAAGCACUCCAUAUGCAGGCACCGGUCGUCAGCCCUUGA